AUGGACCACACUUCCCGGCGUCCUGCGCGCCGCUGGCCCCGCCUCUUCCGGCGCUCUGCUCCACUCAGCGCUGCCGCCGGCCCCGCCUCUUCCGGCGCUCUGCUCCACUCAGCGCUGCCGCCGGCGGUGAGUGGCACUUGUGGACACGUCAGCUGUACGGUGAGGAUGGCGGUGCCGGGCUGGGAGCGGGCGGCGCGGCUGCUGGUCUGCGCCUUGGGGAUCGCCCUCUCCGUCUACGCCUAUCAUGUGGAGACCUCCCGGGGGAAGGACGCCGAGUACCGGGCGCUGUGCGACAUCAACCCGUCCAUCAGCUGCUCCAAGGUCUUCACCUCCAGGUGGGGUCGUGGAUUUGGAUUGGUGGAGAACAUUUUGGGGGCGCAGUCUCUGCUCAAUCAGCCCAACAGCGUGUUCGGGGUCGUGUUCUACGCGCUGCAGAUUCUGCUGGGGUUUUCUGGAUUGGUGGUGGCGACAGUCACUCUGCUGGUGACCUCACUGGUGUCAAUCGCUGGCUCGCUGUACCUGGCCUACGUCCUCUUCUACAUCCUGGAGGACUUCUGCGUCAUCUGCAUCACCACCUACGUCCUAAACUUCAUCCUCCUACUGCUCAACGUCAAGAGGCUGCGAUGGCUGACAACGAGCUCUUCAAGGAAGAGAAAGAAGAACAAGAAGAAGAAAAACUGAGGACCACACCCCCCUGCGACAUUUCCUGCGUUAUAUCACCGAUAGGACACGGACCAUGAGCGGCGCACUGCUAGGCUUGGGCGCUCCACUGCAGUGUUACCUUUCUGUUUUACGUUCAGGUGUUUUUAUGAUUUUAUUUAGUCUGGCGCCAGUUUUAGCUCGUCUGUUGCAGAUCAUGUGACUAUGGUGAUUACACGUCAUCGAAAGGCGGAGGCGCCAAUAAAAGAUAAGCUGUGACGUCUGGGAAUAAAUGAUCGUUUGUGCCAAACCUCAGACUGUGCCGCUGGAUCGGAAGAAGUUCAAACCAUCAAAGUUCUCAGGGAAUAAAAUGUGCAGAUGUAACAGUUACGCAGUUGUUCCGGUCACCUCGGACCCUCCAGCUGUGUGACCGACACUUCAGGGUCCAGCCGUCAGAACAAUAGAAGACGAUCGCUUCGCGGUGACCACCACUUCUGAGGGUCUGACUGCGAGCAGCUUCAUGUGAAGCUUCCAUCAUUCCAUUUCCUAUGGGAUUUUAUAAUAAAGGGAAUGUUUUUCAGUA